AUGGACAUCGACUCUGAGCCUAUCAUCCAUUAUGCGUCUGGCCCAGUGAGCGCACAAGAUUUGCGGAUGGCUGUGGCUCUAUGCGAAGAAGGCAAUCACUACCCUACUCACAUACGAAAGUCCAGACGGGCGGUUAACAGCAUCCAAGAAUAUUUUUUCAACGCCGAGCACUACAUCGUACCCGAUGACAACGUCCACGGAAACGGCAAUCGAGCCAAACGCACAACGCCUCGCACAGAGAGUGAAUUCCGUUCAGCCACGAAAAAAGGGGACAACCAUUCCUGGAGCAACGACGAGAUCAAAAUGAUUCGACGUUAUGCUACGAAUCCUACCGGCUCGAAAGCCACCUGGACGUCCUCGGAAAAUGACAAGAUGCCUGGAUCGUGA